AUGACGGCGGGGUGUGCCCUGAUUGAGACAGGCUCCUUUGGAAGCUUUGUCUCAGGCAGUGUUGAUGUCCUGCUUCACCCAAGUUCUCCUCCUUCCCCCGUCUCCUCACCCCCUGCCUCACCGGCCUCCCCGGCUCCUUGCCAUCAUGCCAUGGUCACUCUGCUGGUGGAGGGACUGAGGAAGCAGACUCUUAAAGGCAACACAGCCCACCCAGGAGACAUCUACCUGUCAGAGAGCAGUUAUUGGCAGCUGUGCCCUCCCUCCAAGCAAGUCCUGCAGGGGGGGCUCCUAAGCUCCAGUUUCCCCCCGGGCCCCAUGCCCCUGGUCCCUCCAGACCCACUGGAGCCUCCCCCUUCUCUCCCCCAGCAGAUCCGGCCCCUGGUCCCUAGCACCUCUGCCUCUGAACUGUCCCUCCCUGGAGCCGUGGCAGCACCACCAGGCCCUGGGCCCCCUCCUCCCCCUCCUCCACCCCCUAAACGCCACUGCCGCUCAUUGUCGGUGCCUGAGGAUCUGUCCCGCUGCCGCUACACCUGGCGGCCAAGCGCCUCCCGAGUCUGGACCCCCGUCAGCCGCCAGCAGUGCCACGGAGGUGGGGCCGGGGGUGUUGGGGCCAUGGGAGCAGGGGCGGGCCUGGGAGGAGGUGCUGUUGGCGGGGGAGGGGGAGGCCCCUGUCCUCUCCGAGCCCCUAGCUCCUCCCUGAACUCCUCACUCCACUCCUCGUCCAGCCCCACAUUCUUCAGCCUGGCGCUGUCCCCUGACUCCCCGCUUCCCUGGAGUUUCCCCUGGGACCCCAGUGAAGCCGCUGCCGGAGGGGGAGCCUGCUGCUGCUUCUUCCCCUCCCCUUCCUCUUGCUCCUCCUCACCUUCCCCACUCCACCCGCCUCCCCCACCCCAGCGGCGGUUCUCCCUCUCCCCCGUGCUCAUCAGAGACUCCACAGCCUCCAACUUCCUGCCCCCACCGGCCAUGCCCAGCCAAGUCGCCGCUCCCCCGCCACCAGGAUUCUCCUCCACGCCGGGUGGAGUUGUUGGCGCUGGCGCCCCAGUACCUGCCUCCCCCUCGUCAGCAUGCAGCACGCCGUCCUCACUGCGGCGUGCCCUCCCCCCUCAGCUCCCUCGCUGUCACUCCCAGCCCUGCGACCUACUGCUGCUCAAACCGGGCCUGAAGAGACGCCGUGACCCAGACAGACCCUGUGCCCGGCCGGUCCUUGACUUCACCAAGAUGACACAGACCCGGAGCAUAGACCCCCAGUGUCUGGAGCGAAUCGGAGGCAGGCUGGCCUGUGGCGGAGAUGUGUGCAUGGGCCUGGAGCCCUUCCUGGGGGACUUCAGGGGCUCCUGCUCCCCUGCUGAGGGUCUGGGCAGGACCAGCAUUGGCCCGCUGAGUGAGAGCGAUGAGGAGGGUGGGGAGGAUGAUGAAGAGGGGGAGGAGGAGGAGCCGGACGAGCGGGAAGCAGCCCAGCAGGCAGUGUUUGAGAGGGAUUGUACAGAACUGGACUUGAACAUGAUAGAAGAGAACUGACAUCUCUGUAAAUUCAAAAGACCUACCUGGUUUCUUUUUGUUUAAUUUUCUGAAACCUCAAAAACAUCCCCUUCCUCCUCCUUGUCUACCAUUCAACCUCCCCACCACCCAUGCUCUAAACCCUCCAGGCUCCCUCCUUCCCUCUCUGGACUCCUCACCACCAAUCAGCAGGGCUCUCAGGAACAACACCUUCUCUAAUUCGAUGAGAUGGGGUUAAUUGAAGCUGAUUGAAGACAACGGUAAUGACCUGACUACCACCAGUAGUGUUAGACUCAGCGCUGUAGUUCUCCUGGCUGUUUUCUCUCAGACAUGGUUUGAAUAAGUGACACCUUGACAUUUUUGAAUUUCUACCCUGCUACCCUUUGCUACCCCGAGUCUAAU